AUGACCCUACAUGAACAGGAUGACAGGAGUACAGAUGCUGACAAGGACACAGAGAUCGUGGGCACUGCCAUCCGCGUUGGACCCAAGGUGACGCUGAUCAAGGAAGGCCAACGAGUCGGUGUCGGGGCCCAAGUCUUCUCCUGCGGCACCUGCAAGCAAUGCAAGAACGACAACGAGACGUACUGCCCGAACGUCAUCAUGGACACGUACGGCUCCAAGUGGCCUGACACUGGCAUUGUCAGUCAGGGAGGUUACGGCUCCCACGUCCGAGUCCACGAGCACUGGGUGUUCCCCAUCCCCGAGAAGCUGGCCACCACCUCUGUCGCUCCCAUGCUCUGCGCUGGCAUCACCGCGUACUCACCUCUGGUCCGCAACGGCUGCGGCCCCGGCAAGAAGGUCGGAAUCGUCGGACUGGGCGGCAUCGGGCACUUUGGCGUCAUGUUCGCAAAGGCGUUGGGGGCAGAGACCUGGGCCAUCUCACGCACGCGGGCCAAGGAGGCAGACGCCCGCAAGCUGGGAGCAGACGGGUUCAUUGCCACGGCCGAAGAGGGCUGGGAGAAGCCGCACAAGUUCUCCUUUGACCUGAUCAUCAACUGCGCCAACUCGUCCAAGAACUUUGCGCUGGACAAGUACCUGUCCCUGCUGGACGUGCAUGCCAAGUGGGUGAGCGUUGGGCUGCCCGAGGAGGACGGCCCGUCCAUCAAGGCACAGAGCUUCAUCGCCAACGGGGUGCUGAUGGGUGCCAGCCACCUGGGGAGCCGCCGGGAGAUGCUGGAGAUGCUGCAGCUGGCGGCCGAUAAGGGGCUGCAGAGCUGGGUCGAGGAGGUCCAGAUAGGCGAGGACGGCCUGCGAGACGCCGUGACGAGGAUGAAGAAGGGCGACGUCCGCUACCGCUUCACGCUGACCGGCUACGACGCUGCCUUCCCCAAGCCUCCCCGUCCGUCUCUCUAA